CGGAGCUGGAUUUCAGGUCGGGAGCUCGGGUGGAGGAAUUGAACAAACUCAUCCAAGAAUUUACGAAGCACGACCAGCGGGAAUACGACGACCAGAGAGCGCUGGAGAUUCACACAGCCAAGGAUUUCAUCUUUUCCAUGCUGGGUAAGCAGGAAAAAGGGGGAGGUGUGUGCGUGUGUGUGUGUGUGUGCGUGUGUGUGUGUGAUGAGAAGAGGGGUAGAGAACCCAUUCCCCCUUUCUCGCACUCUCUCUCCUUCUGGCUUUCCUUCCCGGAGCCGGGUGCCUGUGGUAGAACCCAUCCCUGUUCCGCUCUUCCCUUCUUUCUCGCCGCAAGCCGAGCUGCCUUCCUUAGUAUACUUUGCGCCGGGUUCCCUUCUAACCCCGUUCGCUGGCUCUUUUGUUAAUUUCUCACCGGCCAGGGACUCGUAGGCAGGUGAAGAGUUGGUGGUGAAACCUCGUCCUGUUGGGGGAAGCCCCUGGAAACCGCGCGGUCCAGGUGAGACCCCGAGGCGCCUUUCGAUGAAGGGAUUUGGCUCCGGAGGUUCGGACCUGCGCCUUCCGAACGCCGACUCUCGGGUCCUGGCCAGAGCCUGGGGCGCGGAGACCGCGCAGGGCUCUGGCUCCGCGCCCGAGCGACAAGUUGCUUCUCUAGUCUUGCGGCGCGGCGCUGUCAUGCCAAGCCCCCGGUGACCAAACUUGUUGGGUGUUCCCUAGUAACCCGCUCGAGUAGGCUGGGCGCCCGGAGUUCCUGCAACUUUGAUUUGCAAAUCGACUUCCCUUUGAAGCGCUCGGAAGCAUUUCCUGUGCUUCUCCGGGGCUCUUGCAGAGGUCGGAAUUCCUCACUCCCAGCUCGUAAAUGACAAGGCUCUGAGCUCGGACCCCAACAAGCGCCAGCCCCCUCCUCUUUGUGUAAUUUCCCUGCGCUGGCCCAGAGAGGCGCCCUUAGUUUCGAAUCCUGGAGACCUCGGGGGUUAGAAUAAUGCCGCUACUCCCACCCUCAAGCCGGGCACCUAACAGGUCCCUCAACAGAUAGUCGGAUGGUGUGUAAAGGGGAAUCAUGAAGCCGACCUGGAGAGCAAAUCCCCCCUCAAGUGUCCUGUCGUUCGAAUUAUUACUGCUGAGGAAUGGUACAAAAGCUGGACCAAAAACUUCCAGUGGCCAAUGAGUACCUGUUGCUCUCCGGGGGAGUCCGGGAAGGCGUGGUGGACCUGGACUUAGAUGAGCUGAAUGUCUAUGCCCGGGGGACAGACUACGACAUGGACUUCACUCUUCUGGUGCCAGCCCUUAAGCUGCAUGACCGUAAUCAGCCUGUGACACUCGACAUGCGCCACUCAGCCUUGUGCCACUCUUGGCUGAGCCUCCGGCUCUUUGACGAGGGGACAAUCAGUAAGUGGAAAGACUGCUGCACCAUCGUGGAUCACAUCAACGGUGCCACCAACUACUUCUUCUCCCCAACCAAAGUGGCCGACUGGUUCUAUGACUCCAUCAGCAUUGUCCUCUCAGAGAUCCAGAAGAAACCCCAGCGAGGGAUGCCAAAGGUGGAAAAGGUAGAGAAGAACGGGACCAUCAUCUCCAUCAUUCUGGGAGUGGGGAGCAGUCGCAUGUUGUAUGAUAUUGUCCCUGUGGUAUCUUUCAAGGGCUGGCCUGCAGUGGCCCAGAGCUGGCUCAUGGAGAACCACUUUUGGGAUGGGAAGAUCACUGAGGAAGAGGUCAUCAGUGGGUUUUACUUGGUGCCUGCUUGCUCAUACAAGGGUAAGAAGGACAAUGAAUGGCGGCUGUCCUUUGCCAGGAGCGAGGUGCAGCUGAAGAAGUGCAUCUCUAGUAGCCUCAUGCAGGCCUACCAGGCCUGCAAAGCCAUCAUCAUUAAACUCCUGUCCCGGCCCAAGGCUAUCAGCCCCUAUCACCUGCGGAGCAUGAUGCUCUGGGCCUGUGACAGACUUCCUGCCAACUACUUGGCCCAAGAAGACUAUGCAGCGCACUUUUUGCUGGGCCUCAUCGAUGACCUACAACACUGUCUAGUCAACAAGAUGUGCCCCAAUUAUUUCAUCCCUCAGUGCAACAUGCUGGAGCACCUGUCAGAGGAGACCGUCAUGCUCCAUGCGCGGAAGCUCUCCUCCGUCCGCUCGGACCCGGCGGAGCACUUGCGCACGGCCAUCGAGCACGUCAAGGCGGCCAACCGGCUGACGCUGGAGCUCCAGAGGCGGGGCAGCACCACCAGCAUCCCCUCCCCGCAGUCCGACGGAGGGGACCCCAACCAGCCUGAUGACCGUUUGGCCAAAAAACUGCAACAGCUAGUGACUGAGAACCCGGGGAAAUCCAUCUCUGUCUUUAUCAACCCUGAUGAUGUCACAAGGCCCCAUUUCAGAAUUGAUGAUAAAUUUUUCUGAGCGUUUUGCUGCCUCCCCCCUCCCCCACCCCUUUUUCUGGUUCUCAAACGCUCAUCAUGUGUAGUGUGGUUUGUGAUGCUGACUUUCCGUUUUUUACAUAUCCAGCCUAGAUUGGGUCUGUUAAGAACACAUUUUAAGUUUCCUGGUUCUGCAGGACGGUGCAGGCUCUGAAACAGUAUAUUACUAUUUCAUAUUCUGCCUCUGAUUUUGUUGUUUAUUUUUUGUAGUUAUUGUCACAUUGGUUUUUGGUUUUGGUUUUUUUAAGGAGAACUUGAGCCAUAGACGAAAAUUCCCAUGAAUUCUCUUGCUUUUUUACUGUUUCAUGCUUUGUGCAAAUUUGUUAAUGAGGAUAGGGCAACAGAUCUCUUUCUGACACUUCAGGAUUCUGUUGUGGGUUUUUUUUUGUCUUUUUAUUUAAUUUUUUUUAAUGAGCUUUCAUCACUACAGAUAUUUGAGAAUCAUCUGAACCUGGAAACUACCUGGUAUGUUAGCUGGGUUUAUUACCUUUGACCAGUGACGGGAGUAGUUUCCCCCUUUUCACCAAACAAUGUAGACUUUGAAAGUGAUAAUGCUACCAGUUGUGUUUUGAAGCAACUUCAUUGAAUGUAAUUGUCCUCAGAUCAGAACUUUGGAUGGUUUGGAGGGUGUGUUUGACAACUUUCCAAACAGAAUUAAGGUUUCCAAAUGGUAGUUUUAGCGUGUGUAAUUAUUUGAAGCCUUAUUUAAAUCCUAUUAAAGAACAUACCAUUAUAAUUGUUAUUUGCACUAAUGAAAUCUUGGCCAUUGUCAGAGUUCCAGUGUGUGUGUUUCAAUAGACAUUGACAUCCACUGUUGAAAUGCUAUCAUUUUUUUUUUCAUUUAACCCAUUUCUCUCGAUCAAUAGAAUGAUUCUUUGCAUUUGUUUCGUUCUCCUUUAAUUGUGGGGUCCUGUUUUUCCCUCUUUGAUAUUCCUGGUUCCUGUCUUACGGAGAGAAGUUUGUAAAGCUUUACACCUGCUAUGUGACCAUCCAAAGCUGGGGAAAAUAUACUUGAUAGAGUAGGUGUCUUUGUAUGUACUGCUUUUGGGGUUAUAGAGGUAAGCUUUUAUGUAAAGUCUCUUUGCUUCUACUGGGAGUUGUGGGGAAAACUGGCAGAAAGAAUUUAUAAUCCCUGAAUAGAAGACACCAUGCCUGUUCAAAAGCAGGUUUUCUAUAGAGCAGGAACGAGGACAUAUCUGUGGGUGGUAGCUUUGUGUGGAGGUGUCUUAUCUUCAUGAAUGAAAUCACUUGCCAGGUUUAGAUACCACAAGUCACUGGCUCCCUGUUUUGAUAUGGACUCAUGGCAAACUGUGGUGUCUGAGAGGUCAGGGGCCCAGCUGAUAUCUCAAAGGAUGACCAUGAUGUCUACUAUUGGAAAGGUCAAGCAACAAUUUGGAUUUGAUCUUAAAGGUCCAGACUCACAAGUUGGAUUUUAGCCAAUUGAAAUCAGGCAUAUGCAGUCUUGGGUUUUUGCAUGGGAAUUAAUGUAAUGCUUAUAACUGAAAAUGAAAUCAUUCAGCCAUCUUAAGUCAAACACAAAAUAAUAAACAUAUUGGCCUUGGAA